UGAAAUCGCUAUAUACAUAGUUAUUUGAGAGCAAUCUGGACGGACGCGCCUUCAUUUGUCUCUCGAUGCAUACAUAUGUAUGCUGAAAGCUCCAUGGACGGGUUUUAGUUGAAUAGCCCUAAAAACUUAUCCUUUUAACAAUCAAGUGGAUUUUAAAUAAAUGGAUUGUGGGGAUUUUUGCAUGGAACUUUUUCUUAUUUAUACUUACCCAUUAUAAGAAAGGCUGGUGUAAUUGGUUCUUCAGACUAGUUAACUGCAGCAUGCUGCUGAUACUGGCUGGAAGUUUGCUGCUUACAUGGCUAAUCCGCCUGGUUGUGGGUCUGGCGCUGCGAGAGCGACGACAUCAACUCAAGGGUAUAUUGCCAAAUGUUUCAGCGAUACCACUAAUAGGUGCCGCAUUCCAAAUGCGUCACUUUCAGCCGGAUAAUUUGCACGAAAAAUUUGCUGAGUACGUACAGCGCUAUGGAAAAAGCUUUAUGGCCACCAUCUUUGGUCAUAUUGUGAUCAUCACCGUAGAGCCACGAUUUGUAGAUUCCUUGCUGUUGAGUCAACAGCAUGUGCGGAAAGCUACUAUUUAUGGAGCCUUACGCGGCUGGCUGGGCAAUGGACUUCUGCUGAGUCGGGGCGAAUCCUGGCACACCAUGCGCAAGAUCAUAACGCCCACAUUUCAUUUUAACAUACUCGAACAAUUUAUUGAGGUAUUCAACAGACAAUGUACAGUGCUGGUUGACAAACUUCGGCCUCUGUCUGAUGGCAGGAAAGUGGUGAAUAUUUAUCCCUACAUUGGACUGGCAGCGCUGGACAUAAUCAGUGAAACGGCAAUGGGAGUGAGCAUAAAUGCACAGCUAAAUGCUAACUCCGAUGUGGUGCAGGCUGUUAAGGACGUGACUAACGUACUGGCCACACGCUUUAUGCGACCACAUCUACUACCACCUCUACUACUUCGGCUCUGCUGGCCUAGUGGAUAUCGAAAGUUGACAACCGGUGUGCAAUGCUUACGUGACUUCACUGACAACAUCAUACAACAGAGGCGCCGGUUGCUGCAACAGGGUCAUGAAUUCGAGCCGGGACGGCGUGCUCCUCUAUUGGACACGCUGCUGAAGGCAACGAUGCAUGAUGCACCGCUAACUGAUGCACAGAUACGUGACGAGGUGAGCACGUUUAUAUUUGAGGGCCACGACACCACUACGGCAGCGACAUCUUUUUGCUUGUAUCUGCUCUCACGACAUGCUUCAGUCCAACAGCGCCUUUUUGCUGAAUUGCACGAGCAUUUUGGCAAUGAUUUGCAGCGCGCUGUUGUCUAUACGGAUUUCGCAAAGCUGCACUAUUUACAUUGUGUAGUGAAGGAGUCCCUGCGCUUAUAUCCACCAAUACCGGCUGUGGGACGCUGGCUGGAAAAAGAUCUCAUUGUGGGUAACACACACAUUCCGGCUGGCGCAAACGUGAUUGUGUUGCUUUGGCAACUGCUAAGGGACGAGACGCUCUACAAAGAUCCGCUGGUCUUUCGGCCGGAACGCCAUUGGCAACAAGAAACUGACCAUGAAUAUAGUAUUAAUAGCAACAUACCCUUCAGUGCAGGCCCACGAAAUUGCAUAGGUCAACGUUUUGCCUUGUUCGAAGUCAAGACGAUGGUUAUAAAAAUAGUGCAGAAUUUUGAACUUCUACCACUAGGUCCAGAAGUGCAGCCGUCAAUCAAAAUUGUUUUACGCUCCGGUAAUGGCGUCAAUUUUGGCUUAAGCCAUCGGCGCUAUAGUUAGCAAAUAAAGGUGAUAACUGAUUUUUAAAAACA